GCAGAGGUGGUGUUGAGCUUGUCCAUGGUCAGCCAGCUCAAGGAUCGAGGAGCUCGCCAGCGAGGUCCGCAAGAUCGUACGGGAGGAGCUGUGGCGGCCCUUCGGGCAGGGCCCCGCGGAGCAGCCCGCGCCCGUGGCCAAGGAGCGUCCGUUGGGCAGCUGAGCGUGAUGGCCUUCAAAGAUAUGGUCGAGAACCGGGAACCACCGCGUGACGCCGAGCCCGCGCCGCUGCUGGAGCAGCACGGCAAGGAUUUGGGGGCAAAGGCAUUCAUAAGAGGGGGCCAGCGGAUAAUCCUUGGCGUCUUCGUCGACACUGCCAUGAAGAGCCUGGUAGGAAACAGGGAGGAGAGAUUGCAGGAGUUCGCCGACGGCCAAAGGCAGAUGAGGAGUGACCUCACGGAGCUGUGCGCCGAGGCGGACCUCGACGCAGACGGGAAGCUGACAGUAUCAGAGUGGAAUGCUGCCAUGAAGAAUGAACGGCUCGUGAACUAUUUGGAAGUCAUGGAGUGGCGCCCAAACGAAGUCAGAGAUUUCCUAACCCUGAUGUGCCAGGACACCUCAGACGGUACCGUUGCCAUCGACGUCUUCGUCCGCGCGUGCAUGCGUUUCAAGGGCGCUGCCUCUUGCUACGACAUGUCCAAUGUGCUCAGCGCGGUGGACGACCUCAAGAGACUCAUCAAGACCGCGCCCAGGCCAACUUCCAGGCCCCAGGCGGAUGGAGCCGCUGGCGCUGUCCGCUGGUGA